UUCGAGAGUAGAAAAUAAUUGUGGCUUUCUUUACAGAAAAUGGUGUUGAGUUCUUUAGUUUUCUGCUUUUAUAAAACAAGUUGUGAGCUGGGGUUCACUGUUCAUGUGUGGCUUUCAUAACUUGGCCAAGCAAGUUUUUUGUUUCUAUUAUCAGUUUAUCACUCUCUCUCCAGAUUCCUUGAGCUAUAGUUGUUUGGUUGUGGUAUGUGAGAUAUGUUACCAUUUUAAAGAUUCUGCUCUAAGAAAACAAACAGUUAUGCCUUUUAUGGAUGCACAAUUACAAUUUAGUUAGGAAUUCAAACAUGCUAACCUUGUUUCUCUAUUGUUUGAAAUACUAGUACUACAAUUAUUUAGUUGGUGACCAUUGUUAUUGUUAUGUUGAUAUUCAUUUCACUAUUCUCUAUGGUAUGGUAGUUAUGUAACUUGCAUUAGUAUAUGUAGCAGGAGAAUAGAAUGUUGGUUGAGGGGAGCAAAGGUGGUUUGAAGUAAGUGAAUGUUUGUAACAGAGUGGUUUGAGUGGAUUCGUGUCUUUUGUUUUGUGUUUUUGCUUGGGGGAGAAAAAAGGAGAAGUAGAGUGAUUAAAGAAGAGUUUGAGAUCAAGUUUGUUAGGAAUGGAGUCACCCUCAAAAAGGGCCAAGGCCCCUGCAAUUGUUGCUCAUUGCUUGGUGGACGGAUGCAGCGCUGAUUUAAGCGCGUGCAGAGACUAUCACAGGCGGCAUAAGGUCUGUGAAGCUCACUCGAAGACCCCAAAGGUGACGAUUGGGGGUCGAGAGCAGCGCUUUUGCCAGCAGUGCAGCAGGUUCCACUCCCUGGUGGAGUUUGACGAGGGAAAACGCAGCUGCAGGAAGCGGCUUGAUGGGCACAACAGGAGGCGGAGGAAGGCCCAAACACGCAGCUCUACUCGAAUGGAGGAAAGGCUCGUGUCAUUCAGCAGCGAGCCACAGAUAGUAUCUGGUAUGAUGGGAUACCCUUGGUCUGGGGUGGUAGUGAACGACGGGAAUGAAAUAGGAGGCGUGUUGCAGCAGCAGCAGGUCAGCUACUUGGACACAGCAGCAGGUCAUCAACUGGGAAGCAGCAGCUUUGUAUCACCAAAUGUGAUGAUGGAGUGUGAUGGUGCUCUCUCUCUUCUGUCAUCACCCCCUCCCGCCAUCGACUAUCAUCAAACCACCUUGCAUUUUCCUCACCACAAUGUUGGAUCAUCCCAUCAAACUCUCUCUUUCAUGUGGGACUAGCUGCAGCUCUGCUCUGCCUCCUUCAUCAUCAAUGCUUCUCUCUCUGUCAAUUAUCAUGUGUGUUCAUUAACUUUUAAGCUUCAACCUCUCUACAAUAGAGAUUAGAGAAUGAGAAUAACUGUAACUGAACUGGAUUAAUGAUAAUAUGACUCUGCACUCAUUCUUGCCUGCAACUAAAUCACUCAUUUUUGUA